AAAACUCCUCUCCUCUUGCAGACUAAAAUCACGGCGUGGGGUUUGUGAAGAUCCACGCGCCUGGAACGUGCUGUGCAGAGAGGCGGAGUUUCUGAAACUGAAGAUGCCGACCAAGAAGAUGUAUCACAUCAACGAGACGCGGGGCCUCCUGAAAAAGAUCAACUCGGUGCUCCAGAAGAUCACGGACCCCAUCCAGCCGCGGGUGGCGGAGCACAGAGCCCAGACCAUGAAGAGACUCUCCUACCCCUUCUCCAGGGAGAAGCAGCACCUAUUUGACCUGUCUGACAAGGAUUCCUUUUUCGAUAGCAAAACCCGCAGCACAAUAGUCUAUGAAAUUCUGAAAAGAACAACGUGUACCAAAGCCAAGUACAGCAUGGGGCAAGGAGAGGGAAGAAAGAAGGACUCUGCCCUUUUAAGUAAAAGGCGAAAGUGUGGUAAAUACGGCAUCACCAGCCUGCUGGCCAAUGGCGUCUACUCGGCUGCCUACCCUCUGCACGAUGGAGAGUACGAAGGUGAGGACGUGGAGUUCAAUGACAGAAAACUCCUGUACGAAGAGUGGGCCAGCUACGGCGUCUUCUAUAAGUACCAGCCCAUCGACCUGGUCAGGAAGUACUUUGGGGAGAAGAUCGGCCUGUACUUCGCCUGGCUGGGCGUGUACACCCAGAUGCUCAUCCCCGCCUCCAUUGUCGGGGUCAUCGUUUUCCUCUAUGGAUGCGCCACCGUCAAUGAAAACAUCCCCAGCAUGGAGAUGUGUGACCAGAGCCACAACAUCACCAUGUGCCCGCUGUGCGACAAGACCUGCAGCUACUGGAAGAUGAGCUCUGCCUGCGCCACCGCCCGGGCCAGCCACCUCUUCGACAACCCGGCCACCGUCUUCUUCUCCGUCUUCAUGGCUCUCUGGGCCGCCACCUUCAUGGAGCACUGGAAGCGGAAACAGAUGCGUCUCAACUACCGCUGGGACCUCACAGGCUUCGAGGAGGAGGAGGAGGCCGUCAAGGACCAUCCCAGAGCUGAGUAUGAAGCUAGAGUUUUGGAGAAGUCACUCAGGAAAGAAUCCAAGAACAAAGAGAAGCACCGGAAUACUCCAGAAGAGUCAACAAACAAAUGGAAGCAGAGGGUUAAGACAGCCAUGGCGGGGGUGAAAUUGACUGACAAGGUGAAGCUGACCUGGAGAGACCGGUUCCCCGCCUACUUCACCAACUUGAUGUCCAUCGUCUUCAUGAUCGCGGUCACCUUCGCCAUCGUCCUGGGCGUCAUCAUCUACAGAAUCUCCACAGCCGCCGCCUUAGCCAUGAACUCCUCCCCCUCCGUGCGGUCCAACAUUCGGGUCACGGUCACGGCCACUGCAGUCAUCAUCAACCUGGUGGUCAUCAUCCUGCUGGACGAGGUCUACGGCUGCGUAGCCCGGUGGCUCACCAAGAUCGAGGUCCCCAAGACCGAGAAGAGCUUCGAGGAGAGGCUGAUCUUCAAGGCUUUCCUGCUGAAGUUCGUCAACUCCUACACCCCCAUCUUUUACGUGGCUUUCUUCAAAGGCCGGUUCGUGGGGCGCCCCGGCGACUACGUGUACAUCUUCCGAUCCUUCCGCAUGGAGGAGUGCGCCCCGGGCGGCUGCCUGAUGGAACUCUGCAUCCAGCUCAGCAUCAUCAUGCUGGGCAAACAGCUCAUCCAGAACAACCUGUUCGAGAUCGGCAUCCCGAAGAUGAAGAAGUUCAUCCGCUACCUGCGGCUGAAGCGCCAGAGCCCCGCGGACCACGACGAGCACAUGAAGAGGAAGCAGCGAUACGAGGCGGACUUCACGCUGGAGCCGUUCGGGGGCCUCACCCCAGAGUACAUGGAGAUGAUCAUCCAGUUUGGCUUCGUCACCCUGUUCGUGGCAUCCUUCCCCCUCGCCCCGCUGUUCGCGCUGCUGAAUAACAUCAUCGAGAUCCGCCUGGACGCCAAAAAGUUCGUCACCGAGCUGCGCAGGCCGGUGGCCGUCAGGGCCAAAGACAUCGGAAUCUGGUACAACAUUCUCAGAGGCAUCGGGAAACUUGCCGUCAUCAUCAACGUAAGUGACAGCGGUUGGGCACAGGGAGGCCCUGGCUGAGCUGGCUGGCAGCCC